AUGUUAUCCCGAAUUCAACGAAGAAUCAGCAUCACUCUAUGUUAUGAAUCAGUAUCAGAAUUGAUAUGGAAAGAUGUUCGAGAAGUAGUUGUGGGCCGUAUUCGUGGUCAACGUGAUUCGGUAUUUGAUGAAUCUGAUGGUCAUGUAUUAUCGUUAAAUGUUAUCUCAGCUCGUUAUUUACAAAAACAACAUGAUGAAAGAUCACUACAAAAUUUAUUUUUGCCCGUUGCAUAUAGAAAUUCAGACGCUAAUCGUGUAACUGCUGUUUACGAAUUGAAAUUAAAAAGAGCUGUUGAUUCAAUUAGUUCAGGCUUACAACGUAAAGUAAUUGACACAAGCCAUAUAUAUGUUCGCGGUGAAGAAAUGUUGAAAGGUUGA